CUCUUUGUUGCUAUUCAUCUACAGCCUGAUUAAGGACAUUCUUAAUGAUGUCCAGGACUGUGAAAGGCUAACCCCUAGUCGCCUCUUAAUAUGAGUGAUCCGAGCUCACGCUCGGCAUCCACAAGGACGUUGCCCAAUGCUGCAAGCGAAGUCUUCAUGUUAUCUACAGCUGACAAACCAUGAGAUUGCGAGCAUAUGGGAAUCGCUAAUUCAGCCGGCCGCGCCUUCAACAUCUACAGAUACACAGCCCAAUUAUCUACUCACAGACACCGGGAGCCCCCACGAGUUUCGAUGUGCUGCUGUGGUGUGCCCAACAAAGAAGAAGAUCCAAAGAUGAUGAGAGAUGUCGCCGCCGAUGAAGAUAUUGGAUCCAUCCCAUCACUGCAGCACGGAUGACCCAUGGGGUGCACAGCACUUUGUACGUGGAGCUUCGCCAGCACCCUGAGAAGUUUGCAAGCUACCUACGGAUGACUGUAGAAACAUUUGAUGACCUCCUGCAACGCAUCAAUGAAAGGAUCUGUCGCCAAGACACCCAGCUCAGAAGGAGAAUCUCGCCAGAGGAACGCCUCAUUCAGCUGCAGUCUGAAUUUCAGCAUUGAGAGGGAGAGUACUGUUGCUUGGAUUGCUUGCUGUCAGACUUUACCAUUGCGAAUUUCACCAUGUUUCCUACCCACCUUUCCUACAGUUUCGAUGUGCUGCUGUGGCUUCGCCAGCACCCUGAGAACAUUUGAUGACCUCCUGCAACGCAUCAAUGAAAGGAUCUGUUGCCAAGACACCCACCUCAGAUGGAGCAUCCGGCUGCAGUCUGAAUUUCAGCAUUGAGAGGGAGAGUACUGUUGCUACCCUUAGGUUCCUGGCAUCCGGUGAGAGUUUUUCGUCGCUCCACUUCCAGUUUCUCCUGGGAAUUUCCACCAUCUCUUGGUUUGUCCAGACCAUCUGCAAUGCCCUGUGGUAUUGCCUUCAAGCAGACUUUCUCCCACAACCUUCAGCAGAACAUUGGCUUGGCAUCGCAGAGAAGUUCCAGGAAGUCACACAGUUUCCAAACUGUGUUGGAGCAAUCGACGGGAAGCACAUCAGGUUCCAGAAGCCGGCACACACAGGGUCGGAGUAUUACAACUACAAGAAGUUCUUCUCCACCAUACUUAUGGCCGUUGCGGAUGCGCAGUACAGAUUGAUCGCUGUGGACAUCGGGUCAUAUGGAAGAACCAACGACUCCCGUGUGUUCAAGAACUCUGCCAUGGGGAGGAGGAUCUACUCUGAUGAGAUGGGACUUCCUGAAGCAAGGGCCUUUCCUUGGACUUAGGGACCUCAAAUGCCCUUUGUUUUUGUUGGGGACGAGGCCUUACAGAUGUGUGCCAACUUGCUGAAGCCUUACUCCAGCUGAGGACUCGACCAC